UUUAAUUCUAAUUUCUAUAUAACGCACACUUCCUCUGUGAAACUUUUCUGUUGGUAAAUUUCAAUUCCCUCAAAAGUCCAAGCUUCAUUUCCUUGCUUCCUUUAUCGGCUAGAGUUUUCCGUGUCCCCUACCCAGGCUUCCCUCCGUUAAUUAAGCAUGACUGCGAAGCACUGCGGCCACCACGACCACAGGCGUGAGAAGCAUCGCCGCAUAUUCUACGGCAUCGCCGCCUUCGUCGUCCUCGUCCUCUUCGUCGUCUUCCUCGUCUGGGUAAUCCUCCGCCCCACCAAGCCCCAGUUCAUCCUCAGGGACGCCACCGUCUACGCCUUCAACGUCUCGGCCUCCCCUCCCUUCUCCCUCUCCACCUCCAUGCAGAUAACCAUCUCCGCCAAAAACCGCAUGGACCGCGUCGGAAUCUACUACCAGAAGCUCGACGUCUACGCCACCUACCGAGGCCAACAGGUCACACUCCCGACCAUGCUGCCCGCCACCUUCCAGGGCCACAACGACUACACGGUGUGGUCGCCGUUCAUGUACGGGAAUUCCGUGCCGGUGUCGCCGGGACUAAUGGGGGCUCUGGAGCAGGACCAGAACGUCGGGGCGGUGUUGCUCAACAUCAAGAUCGAUGGCCGUGUCAAGUGGAAGGUGGGCACGUGGUUCUCCGGCAGGUACCACUUGAACGCGAAUUGCCCGGCGUAUAUUAAAUUUGGCUCCCCCAAUGCCGGGAUUCCCUUCGGACCGGUAAUGAAGUUCGCGUUGGCGCAAUAUUGCACUGUGGACGUUUAAGCCACUAAUCAUUUCCUGUUAGUACGUACUUGCUAUCUAAUCCGCAUUACCCUUAAUUUGUUUUUCUUUUGGUUUGGAUUAUAAUCAUCAUAUGGCUUUCUGUUUCAAGUAAUUAAGAGAAAGUUUUGGGUUAUUAUAAUGCUAUGAUUCAUUCAUGUA